AUGUUGAGAAGAGGAAUUUUGGAUGCUUGGAACAAUUACCACCAUCAUCAUGGUGCUCUUACAAUCCUCACAAACUCGUUCUCUCCGAGGUUCCAUCUUUCAGAGCCAUCCUCACUGCUGAUGCCACCUAAAACAAUGAUUCAUUCAUCACAUCGGACUCCUUCAGCAGCAUGGUAUCAUCAAAGCUGUAGUCCAUCCCAAAACACAAGGAUCAUCAACAAACAAAGCAACAAUUCAUCAUCACCUAAAAAAUCUACAACCAAUACCACACAACACAAUAGCAGCAUCAACCCAGAUGUCGCAAUAUCACAUCCAUCUCUACUUGCCCAUCUUGAAAUACUUUUUCAAGGAAUGAGUUAUAUUGAUAUUCAACACAUUCCUCCGACUGUCAUCGAUGAACAAGUUACAGCACGUCUCGAAAAAGCGUUACUCGAUGAAACACAAACUCCAGAAAAUAAGUUGGAAAUAUUUGAGUCACUCAUUCGAGCCAAUCAAGUUCAAUAUUUACCUCACCUACUUGAUUUGACAAUUAAAAACAACGUCUUUACAAUCAGUUAUGGAAGUUAUGUGCGGGAAUUAGUGUUAAAACUUGAAAGAAAAGGAUCUUACAUUACCAAUCACCCUGAGGAGCACUCCAAAGAAAUUUUAAACAUAUGUUCAAAGUGUAUUGAUCUAAUCAUUGCUACUAACUAUAGUUUUGUGCAGGAUAAUAAUGUAGAUGCUUUUCUUUUUAUUUUGACAUUAAGAGUAAGAAUGUUUAAACAUUCGAAAGAUUUUCCCAGCCUGAAAAAGUACUUUGAAAACCAGAUGAAACCCUUGAUGCAUAAAUUUAUGACUCAUCCAACAUCCUUGUGCAAAUUAUACAACACCAUUACGACAGUUCUUAUUGAAUUAGAUCAACUGGAUUAUUUAUUUGAAGAAAUUUAUGCUAACAACAUGACAACACAUUACAAUUUACUGAAGAGAGGGAAAGGAAUGUUGAAAGGCACACCUUUAUUUGUGACGAUCCAUUCUUUGUUGAAUCAUCCCUCUCGUUCUGUGGCACUAAGCAACUUUGCAGCAAAACUUUCAAUUCUUGCUGUAGAAUUCUUUGAUAUGGCCAAAAGGGACACAAAAAUUGACAACUCAUUCAUGCAAAGUUUGCAUGGUACAUUUAUUGUUAGCUUUGCGGAACAUUUCAACAUCAAUCGUCAAUUCUUCCAACCAUUACGCCAUUAUUUUUCACUCUAUUUGAAUUUUGUUUCAUACUUUUGGAAUUUUCAUAGAGAUGUGACCAAUCCAGAAUCAUUUGGCUUUGUGUCCUCUAGAUUUUUAUUUUUAUAUGCUCGUCUCGCUCAUGAAUCUGCCUUUGAUAUUUCCAGUUCAAGAGAAGCAGAAUAUGUAUAUGAGCAAUUGGUGACCAACAACAUCCCUCUGACCGAUGAGAUGUAUUCUUGCUUGUUUGUUAUUUUUUCUCACACCAGAAACGAAAAGAAAUGUGUUGAACUUUAUGAAAAUGCUCUUCUUACAUGCAAUUCAACAACCGCAAGAUAUCACAUACACCAGGCAUUAAUCAAUGCCUAUUCUAUAAUGGGAGAUUUUGAAAAAGCUUUUGCUCUUGCAUCGACCAUGAAGAACAUAACAAUAGGAACAGGAAAUAUUUUACUGAAAGCAAUCACAAUCAUGUGUCUACCCAACUUGAAAAACAAUUACACAGACGAUUACAUCCAAAGCUGUAUUGAAAGAACAUUACAACUAUUGAACGAACAAAAAGUAGAAUUCGAUGGUAUCACUAUGAAUACUUUAAUUAAUAUUUAUGGAUCAACAAACAAAUUGCCAACCAUGCUCAAAUAUUUUCAACUUCUUGUGGAUGGCUACAAUGAAGGCAAAUAUGGUUUUUUGAAUGCUAUCACAUUCACUACUAUCAUGAAACACUUGUGUGCCAAUCAACAAUUUGACUCUGCUUUGGACAUGUUUAAAAAGAUGAAAGAACUUUCAAUUACUCCAACAACUGUUACCUAUAAGGUGUUAAUUGAGGGUAUGAUUUUGUCUGGUCAAGAUUGCCUUCAAUUCAUCAUGCAACACAUGAAACAAGAUGGUAUCAAUAUGGAAGAUCAUUUAAUUGGAUCUAUUGUGUUCUAUUAUUCCGCAAAAACAGAGGAUGAAAAACAAUUGAUGGACGUAUUAAAAGUGGUAGAUAGACAUCGAGAUGAAUACACACCAAAAGUAUAUGAACAUUUAGUUCUCUUCUAUGCUCGAUUUCAGAAUUGGAAAAAGGCAACUCGAGUAAUUUUACAACUCUUGGACAAGGGAAUUACACCAACAAUUAGAACCUUUAGCCAUCUUAUUCAAAGAAUGGCCGUAUACAUGGAUGCAUUUGAUUUACUUCAUAUUCUUCACCCAAAUGAGUCAGAUUUAGCACAGUAUGUGGCACAAAGAGAAGCAGGCGAGUUAGAUGAUUUAAGAGAUGCUCUCUUUACUAAAGAGAUGGAUCAUGGAUGUGGACUUGCCAUUUUGAAAUCUGUGCUAGAAAAGGCGAAUUUCCAACAGUUUCAAACCAAAGUGCAAAUGCAUUCAAGAAAUCAUUACAUGAACAGACAUUCUUGCGCUAUUUUGUUUUAUGCCCGUCAAAGAAAUUUAGGCCUGCAGUCUUCCUAUAACCUUGUGGAAAUACUGAUCGAUUUGUUUGAGGAUAUGGAUUGUAUUAUUUUUGAGCAAGCGUCGUUUUUGAUGCUCUCACUCAUGAAAGCAGAAGGUGGGUCUGCCAAAGUCCUUUCGAUCUAUGAAAAAUUAUGUCAAAGGAAUACCAAGUUUGAUGUGAGAAGCUUUAAUGUGGUACUAGAAUGCAUAUUGACAAUGGAGGGUGAAAACGCUGUUUGGAAUUUCUAUGACGAAACCAUCAUGUCAAAAAAACGAUUCGCAAUCCUUCCAGAUCUCAAUACUUUGGAGUUGCUGAUUCGUGCUGCUAGAAAUGAGAACGAUUUUGAAAUGAUACUGAAGAACUACAAACAAAUGACAACCAAUACCAGAUAUUUUGCAAAUUCAAAGUCAGAAUCAAUACUUGAUUUAAGAGAGGAAAUGAUUACUCGCAUCAAGAAUCAAUUGGCUGCAAAAGAACAAUCGCUGUACUUGUCAAACAAUGUUCUCUACAGGAUUAAGACAAUGAAGGAACAUUUAGAUAAGGCAGAGAUUUUCUUUAUGGAACAACAACCAACAGCAUAA